AGACAUGGACCCACCUCACGCCUGUCCUCUGCUCCUGGCUCUUGUCCUGAGCUUCACAGUCACAGCUCAGGCCUGGGACCAGUUGGAGCAGUGCAAAGAUAAAAUCUGCCCAAAAUUCACCCGCACGGCACAACAUAAGGGUUAUGAGGAGCGUCUGUACGAGCCAUGUACGUGGAUAUGCACAAAAGUCCGGACCACCAGCACCAGUGACCUCCUGUCCGCCUUGGGAGAGCUUAAACACUUCGCUAAGCAGAAGACCAAGCAGCUAGGUGUGGCCAUAGCUGAAAACACUUGGCCUGUGCUCGUCUAUGAGGAGGCGGGGCAGGAGGGGCCGAAGUACGGGAUGUGCUGGAUGGUUAAUCCAGAUGUGACCCUUCCUGACAGUGACCAAGGGCCAGUGACAGUCACGACAUUCCCACAGACUGCCAUCUUUGUCAGGUCUUUUGGAGGAACUCCGUCUCUGGAGGGAGGUCGAGACAAUGCAAACAAACUGAAGCAGGAUCUAGAAGAGGCUGGAGAAAGUUUUAAACCAGGCCAUUUCUACGGUGCUGGAUACGAGAGCCAGUUCUCCCUCUUUCACCACAACGAGAUCUGGAUCAAGAAAGCUUAGGCCCCUCUGAGGCACCA